AUGAUCGUGGAGAGCGCCCGGGCCGAUACCAACUAUCAACAACUGGACCAGUGGCACUGCAAGGACUUGAACUUCGAGUUGGAG